AAAUCCGCCAGUGCACAGUUGUAACAGCAGGAACGCUUCGCUACCACCAUCAAACAACCCUCCUCCAGCAUUGAUCAACUGAUCAACUCUCCACCCACAGGAGCACCCGCAGGAGCACCCACUCAACUCGCAGUUCCAGCAACUCCAAAUACGAUACCAAUGUUUCGCCAUCUGAAGAGUGGAAUGAACUUCAUCCUAGGAUGGCUCCAGACAGUAGCAGGGGAGCUCACGAGAUGCGCGCAGCAUAGCACUGUUUAUACCGUCCUCCACCCCGUCGACGAUAAGACCUGCUUAUCACACGCAAACGCUUAUCAAGUCCCGCACAGACUCAUGCAUACCGUACCAUACUAUUCUGCUGUCGCCUUAAGCCAUGUCCAUCAGCCGCCCAAGGCCCUCAAACCCCCAGACCGCAAAGAGCUCCGUGUGCGAAGGCACAUCCUGGCGGGCCACAAGGCCUGCGCACCGUAUGCAUAUGUCUCUGGUCCUCAUAGACUCAUGUGCACCACAAAAUACGCACUGACCUGCCGCCUCGGACUAGUCUUCCCAGCAACCAGGGAUUUCUCGAUCGAUGAAGCGGACAGAGUGUAGUCGGCGUUAUAUUGAGUGAAGUCAGACUAUGGCUUUUGACGUCCGAAAUCGAUUAUCGGUGCCUUGCAAAAUGUACGAACCCCUAAGGCUGGUCGAUAGGAUGGGUGACAGUCAGGGUGACAGGGCGCAGGGCAGAACGUGGGGUACUUUAGUGCACCAAGACAAUUAACCACUC